GCCUCCCCUCCUCUGCCCCUCUUCUUAAGCUCAAAAAAAUGGCAGUGGAGUGAAGCUCGCCGCUGCACAGUGGAGCUUUGGGAUAGGUUAGCGCUGGGUUGGUGGAGUCGGAGGGCUCUAAAAGCAGCAAGGGGAGCCCCAGGAAUAGUGUGCGGCGGAGUGGGCGUCUAAUUUGGGGCAGGGAAACGAAAGGUCGAGGCCUUGGCCGGUGCCGGGGGAGGCCUUGGGGUUCUUCGACGGGCCAUUCAUGGCGCCAUGGACCGGCUUGUGGGGCGGUAGGGCCGGCGGCGACGCCUACCGGGGCACGCCGGUGGUCGUCAAGAUGGAGAACCCCAACUGGUCCAUCUCCGAGAUCUCGCCGGAGGACGACGACGAGGACUUCCUCGUCGGCGCCGGCGCCACCGGUGCCCGCCGCAAGGGAGGCCGCGGCAAGAACGCCAAGCAGAUCACCUGGGUGCUGCUGCUCAAGGCGCACCGCGCCGCGGGAUGCCUGGCCUCGCUCGCCUCCGCCGCCGUCGCCCUCGGCGCCGCCGCCAGGCGCAGGGUGGCCGACGGCCGGACCGACGCCGACGCCGGCGUGGCGGGCGCGGAGAGCCCCGUGCUGCGCUCCCGCUUCUACGCCUGCAUCAGGGCCUUCCUCGUCCUCUCCAUGCUCCUCCUGGCCGUCGAGCUGGCCGCGCACGUUAACGGCUGGAACCUCGCAGCCUCCGCGCUGGCCCUCCCCAUUAUCGGCGUCGAGUCGCUCUACGGCUCCUGGCUGCGCCUCCGCGCCGCCUACCUCGCGCCGCUCCUCCAGUUCCUCACCGACGCGUGUGUGGUGCUCUUCCUCAUCCAGAGCGCCGACCGCCUCAUCCAGUGCCUUGGCUGCUUCUACAUCAACCUGAAGCGCAUCAAGCCAAAGCUUAAAUCCUCGCCGCUGCCGGACGCCGAGGACCCCGACGCCGGCUACUACCCCAUGGUGCUCGUGCAGAUACCAAUGUGCAACGAGAAGGAGGUGUAUCAACAAUCGAUUGCGGCCGUCUGCAACCUUGAUUGGCCGAGGUCCAACUUCUUGGUUCAGGUGUUGGACGACUCCGACGACCCGACGACGCAGUCACUCAUCAGAGAUGAGGUUGCGAAGUGGCAGCAGAACGGGGCUAGGAUUCUCUACCGGCAUCGUGUGCUCAGGGAUGGGUACAAGGCUGGGAACCUCAAGUCAGCCAUGGGCUGCAGCUACGUCAAGGAUUACGAAUUUGUUGCCAUCUUUGACGCUGACUUCCAACCAAACCCAGACUUCUUAAAGCGCAGCGUCCCACAUUUCAAGGACAACGAUGAAUUGGGGCUGGUGCAAGCAAGAUGGUCUUUCGUGAACAAGGAUGAGAACCUACUGACUAGAUUGCAGAACAUCAAUCUGUGCUUCCACUUUGAGGUGGAACAGCAGGUCAAUGGAGUGUUCUUGAACUUCUUUGGGUUCAAUGGCACUGCUGGAGUUUGGAGGAUCAAGGCAUUGGAAGAUUCAGGCGGGUGGAUGGAGCGGACUACGGUGGAGGAUAUGGACAUUGCAGUUCGGGCACAUCUCCAUGGCUGGAAGUUUAUCUUCCUCAAUGAUGUUGAGUGCCAAUGUGAAUUACCCGAGUCAUACGAGGCUUACAGAAAGCAACAACAUCGGUGGCAUUCCGGUCCAAUGCAGCUAUUCAGGCUUUGCUUACCGGAUAUCAUCAAGUCCAAGAUUUCGGUUUGGAAGAAAGCCAACUUGAUCUUCCUCUUCUUCCUCCUCCGGAAGCUCAUCCUGCCAUUCUACUCCUUCACGCUCUUCUGCAUCAUCCUCCCGAUGACAAUGUUCGUGCCCGAAGCGGAGCUCCCUGACUGGGUCGUAUGCUACAUCCCUGCCCUGAUGUCAUUGCUCAACAUCCUACCAUCUCCAAAGUCCUUCCCUUUCAUCAUCCCGUACCUGCUCUUCGAGAACACCAUGUCCGUGACCAAGUUCAACGCCAUGAUCUCAGGCCUGUUCCAGCUCGGAAGCGCCUACGAGUGGGUGGUGACCAAGAAAUCCGGCCGAUCAUCAGAAGGUGAUCUCAUCGCCUUGGCGGUCCCGCCCAAGGAGCUGAGACACCACCAGAGAACCGGCUCGGCGCCGAACCUCGACGCGAUGCUGAAGGAUCAAUCGGAUAGUCCGAAGAAAGAUGGCAGGAAGAAGAAGAAGCACAACCGGAUAUACAAGAAGGAGCUCGCCCUGUCGCUGCUACUAUUAACGGCCGCCGCCCGCAGCCUGCUCACGAAGCAGGGCAUACACUUCUACUUCCUAUUGUUCCAGGGCAUCUCCUUCUUGUUAGUAGGGCUUGACCUCAUAGGCGAGCAGGUUGAGUGAAAAACUGUAAACAUGGACACGAUAGAUCUUAAAAUGACGGUGAUUGACACCACCAUGGGAGUGAUGGUACCGAGCUCGAAGCUCUCGGCCGAGGUUUGAAAAGAUUCAUGGAGGGAACCGUGCCGCUCUCAGCCAUGACCGCACGACAUGAUCUGCCAGCAGGGUCUACUUUGAUGAGAUCGAGAGAGAGGCUUCUGAUCCCGGUAGAAUGUGUAGAUAUACUAGCCUCUUUGGCAUGGGAAUCAGAUUCCCAGGCCUCUCCAUUCUUUUGUAUGAAAAUUUUGGGUGCUCGUGUGGGGGAUCUGAUCUUGUCUUAGCGUGAUGUAAUGUAUUCCGUCGUGUGCACGAUUGAUCGAGGAAGAAGCCAGAACGCCAUUGAUUGAUUGGAAACCAUC